CCCCUCCGUCGACGCCGCUGCACUUCUCCCAUUUUAAAUCCAGGCGGGAGCUCAGUCUGUCUCGGCCGGUCUAGUCGGAGCUGCACAAAACUUUACACUUCGGUACCAAGAUGGUGAGAACAAAAGCCGACAGCGUCCCCGCAACAUACAGAAAAGCUGUUGCAGCUUCUGCACCCAGGAAGUCCCUGGGCUCCAGCUCAUCCAACUCCGCCCCCAGCAGUCAGGCCUCCACGCCUGCAAAGAACAAAUAUGCUGGUGGUAACCCAGUGUGUCCCCGGCCCACCCCAACCUGGCAGAAGGGCAUCGGGGACUUCUUCGGCGGUCCCGGUAGGAAGCCCGAGAAGGAGAACCAGGCGCCUCUGGUGGAGGAUGACGAGGAGGCCGGAGGCAGCGGGGUGUCAAAGACCACCAAGAAGUCCAAACCACUGCCUCCUGAGGAUGAGGAGGAGGAAGAUGAAUGAAUUUUAUUUUCCACAGUGUUCCUGUUUGUCCUGUUGCCCGAAAUGACUGAAUGGACUUAGUGGCAUUUUUUUCCCCUGUAAAUCUGUAUAUAUUUCCUGAUGAAUUCAAUUUUGUAUAGAAUUUCAUUAAACCUUUUUUUAUUCUUUUAA